GCCUCUCUUCCUAAGAACCAAAACAAGGAAGGAGUAGGAAACAUGUGAAGCAGCGAUGUUAGCACUGGAUAGUUUAUACUUUAUACACUGACUGAUUUUAUUUACUUAAAAUACACAAAUUACGUGAAGUAAUAUUUUAACGAGUCGUAUAAUUUCGUAAUUCUUGUUGUAUUAAUAGGAGUGUGGAUAUUUUGGGCUAAGAAUGGUUGUUAGCUAGCUAGUAAUUAGCUCAUUUGAAAUGCUGUAGCAGUAAUAGCAUGAGUUAACGGUGAGGCAGUUUCUCUGGAUGUUUUCGGAGUAAUGUCAGUGUAGAUGAAGGAGAGAGAGGAUGAAGUGGUUCCGGUGUCCAGCUCGACACGGUUAUGCGGUGGAAAUGUCCCCGUUUCUCCCCAACACACUGGCCUGCGCUACAGCUCAGUAUUACGGCAUAGCAGGAUGUGGAACGCUGCUGGUGCUGGAGCAGAGGGAAGCGGAUAUUGUGCUCAUGAGAAGCUUUGACUGGAACGAUGGGCUCUUUGAUGUGACGUGGAGCGAGAACAACGAGCAUGUGCUGGUGACCGGAGCUGGUGAUGGCUCACUGCAGAUAUGGGACACAGCCAACCCACAGGGGCCUAUCCGAGUACUGAAGGAGCACAGUCAAGAGGUGUAUGCAGUGGAUUGGAGCCAGACACGGACCGAGAACCUGGUGGUGUCAGGAUCCUGGGAUCACACCGCCAAAGUGUGGGAUCCAGAACACCCUCAGUCCGUGUGCACACUUCAGGGUCACGAGGGAGUCGUGUACAGCACCAUCUGGUCUCCACACAUCCCAGCCUGCUUCGCCUCAACCUCAGGAGAUGGCACGCUGAGAGUUUGGGACGUGAAAGCAGGCUCGUGUCGACUGGCCAUUCCGGCACACAAAGCCGAGAUCCUUAGCUGUGAUUGGUGCAAAUAUGACCAGAAUGUGUUGGCGACGGGAGCCGUUGACUGCAGCGUGUGUGUGUGGGAUCUGCGAAACGUCCGCCAGCCUGUAGCUCAAAUGCUGGGCCACUCCUAUGCCAUCCGGAGAGUAAAGUUCUCCCCAUUCUGCAAGACCGUGCUGGCGUCCUGCUCCUAUGACUUCACAGUCAGGGUCUGGGAUUUCUCCAGGAGUCCGCCGCUGCUCGACACCAUGGAGCACCACUCGGAGUUCGUGUGCGGCCUGGACUUCAACCUGCACAUCCCCAACCAGGUGGUGGACUGUUCCUGGGAUGAGACGGUAAAAAUCUACACCCCUCCAUGUCUGGCUGCUAUGCAACCCAGCUCGGCGUAAAGAGAAGAUAACGUCCUGACUGCAGCGGGGCUUUGAGUCUACAGGAUUGCCACUGCACUCUUCCUAAAGGAGGAAAAUUCCCCAUGUGACAAAUGCAGUGUGAAACAGACUCAGGAAAGCUGCUGAUGAGUUUUAGAGUGCAGAGGGUUUAGCAAAACAAGUCUUCUUAUCAGCGUGAACUUGAAACCUGGUCUUGUAGUCAGUGUGGAAAUCUGUGUGUAGCGUAAAGUUCCUCCAGAAAGACCCUUCACUGGUCCACAUGCAGGUUCAGAGUCCUUGAUGAAGGUUGAUGCUAAGCUGGGUGAAAUCAUGUUGGCUCCUUUUAGGUGAUACACAUAUGAUAUGUAGACUCCUAAUGACUGAUCCAUGAAAUCAGUGUCAUGUAGGGAAAGUGACUAAUCCAAAUAACAAUUAAAGAUUUCUAAUUUCUAAAUAAAUUGGUAGAUAUUCAUCAUAUUUGUGUGGCGGCCUGGGAAAACCUUUCGCACAGUAAAAUUUUGAUAUUUUCUGCUACAUAUUCUUCUAAAACCUACAGACUUACUUGAACUGAAAUGUGUUUCUCUUUUGCAUGUAUCUCAAUCGGAAGUUUUCAAGUCUGGAGCAUGGCGGACAUUUUGACAGCAGGUGUCUGAUUAUAAAUCGAACUGAUUAGGCUUAUGUCUGUUUUUGCUGUGGCACGUAGCUAUACAACAACUUAAUCAAAGUGUGACAUUCACACAAGGUUUUAGACGUCUUCAUCAAGGUUUUUAUCCACAGUUUUUCUUCACAGUUCACAAAUCAGAGCCAUUAAGAGCCACUAACAGGAACCAUAGGGUUUUAGUUUAGCACUGCUUUUCACGCAGGGAAAACUGAGCAGCUCAGGCCUACAAAUAAAGACUCGGAUCUUGGCUUUGAUUGUUGAUUGUGAUCGUAAAUGUAUGUGUGGCUAGAGCAAGUUUUCCCUUUUAUUGAUUUUCUGCUACAACACCGCAGGCAGUUGUCCUGUAUUAGGAAGUUAAAUUGACUCUUGAUCCAACAGGAUGCUUGCAGAAAGCCUAGGCAAGAGUCAAAGGAAAAUAAAAACAUUUCCACAUAAUUGUGGUGAACUAUAUUUAUACUUUCUUAAAGUUGUGGUAUCAGCAUAUGCGCAAAAAUGAACUUUUUUUUUUUUUUUUCAUCUUUUUUGGUUGUUUGCUAGAAUUCAGCCACAGCAACAUCUAACAGGUUUUCCCAGACCGGCACACAUUUAUAAAUCAGAUGCCUGUACUGGCUUUAAAAUAAAAAUCCUGCUCUUUGUGUUUAUUUCUAAUGGAUGAAAAAUCGAGGGUCUUGGAUGUGUUUAAAGCUAAAAUAAUAAUAAUAAUAAUAAUAAUAAUAAUAAAUAAAAGUAAAUUUA